CCAUUUCUCAUCUCUCCCAAAUUCAAAAACACCAAACUCUAGAGAGGACCAAGUUCAUCCCUCGUGCCCUUUCCUUCAGCUUCAGUAACCAAAUGGGAAGCCGAAAGGAGGAAGAGCGAAACGAGAAGAUCAUUCGAGGUCUCAUGAAGCUCCCUCCCAAUCGAAGAUGCAUCAACUGUAACAGCCUGGGUCCUCAGUAUGUGUGCCCCAACUUCUGGACUUUUGUUUGCACCACUUGUAGUGGCAUACAUCGUGAAUUCACUCAUCGGGUGAAGUCAGUGUCGAUGUCUAAGUUUACAUCACAAGAAGUCGAGGCACUUGAAAAUGGUGGUAAUCAGCGGGCAAGGGAAAUAUAUUUGAAAGAUUGGGACCUUCAAAGGCAGCGGUUUCCUGACAGCAGUAAGGUUGAUAAAAUACGUGAGUUCAUAAAAAGUGUAUAUGUCGAUAGAAAAUAUGCUGGAGGAAGAACCUUGGAAAAGCCUCCAAGAGAUAUGCAGAACCAUAAAAUCCGUGAAGAUGAGACAAGACGUGCCAGUUCAUAUCAUUCUUAUUCUCAAAGUCCACCCUAUGAUUAUCAGUAUGAAGAUCGAAGAUAUGGGAAGCAAGCUGCUGCCCUAACCAGGAAGCCUGGUUCUGAUCGAGGUCGAUAUGAAGGAAAAAUCUCCAAUUUUGGUUAUAGUGAUGGUCGCUUAAGUGAACAAAUGUACGAGGAUAGAUUUGAAAAUGAUGGCUCUGGUUCCAGAGUUUCAGAUUUCUCUGUGUCUAGUGGAGGUGAUGCAUCCAGAUCUCGAGUACAGUCUCCUAAUUUUCAGGACACUGGAUCUAGCAGUCGAUCUUUCCAGCCUUUGCAAAAUAAUAGCGAUGUGAGGUGCCAAGAAAAAAGUACUGUUAUGGAGGCAGAUGUUAACAGAGAUGCAGAGGUGAUGCCGAUUUCGCAGAGAACCGUAUCCUUGGGAAGUUUUGGCUCAGUGGACAGCUAUUCCAUGUCUCUGAAGUCAUUCAAUUCAGGCGGUUCAGUGGAUGUUGUCUCUGAACCUGAACAAUAUGCUCGAGCCCUCCAUGAAAAACCGACUUCUUUAUCAUCUCUUUUUGGAACUUCUGAUAGAUUGGAUCCGUUCAAGGCCCCAGUUCAACCAGAAGAAAUCCCUUCUAUUGAUUUGUUUCAGUUACCAGCAACAUCUACAUCUCUUUCCAAAGAUUCAUUUCAACCUUCUGAAUUUUCUUCUGCUUUGCCUUUGAAUGUAUAUCAACCUCCUCAGGCAUCGACACCUUUGGAUUUAUUUGCUGAUUUUCCUCAGCACCUGUCAACUGCCAAACAAAUACAAGAAUUUGUCCCUAAAAGUGAAGGAUGGGCAACAUUUGAUACACCUCAGCCCUCAGCUUUUAUAUCGGGGACUGAUAGUAGUAUGCCUGCAAGUACAGCUUCCAACGAUGGUGCCUUUAUUGAAAAUUUCGAUCUGUUCCCGUCAUCAAAUACAGGCACGCAGUGGCAAUCGUUUGUGAACAUUUCUAAUCCGUGGAGUGAAAUUCCCGAUUUUACAGCUCCAAAUGAUACAGCAAGUACUCAGUCAUGGAAUGCAUUUGAAGAUUCUAUUGGACACCUUCCUUUUGAGGGCACUAAGAAGACUGGUGAACCAAUACCAGACGAGCUUUUGUCAGCUGGCAACCAGUAUUUGAAAGUCGUUACGUCUGAGGACUCUAUUACAGAUGGGAUUCAGAUAGCUGCCCCCCAAGGUGAACCUCUUGAUCCUGGUCUGCCAUCACAUAUCAUGGGGCCAUCUUACACUCCUCAAGUCAUUCCUCAUAUGGUUGAACUUAAUGCGCAUGCCUCUGAGCACAGAUCAAAUAACCCUUUUGAUCUGAAUUACAAUACAGAUCUGGAGCAGAACAGUAUGUUUUUGGACAUGAGUUCUUUAGAAGCAUCUCUCCCAAAUGCCCAGUUGCAGUCCUCAUUUGUCACUGGUGUAUCCCAUCCAUGGUUUCGUGAGAAUGCAGUGCCUUACAUUCCAGCUGCAGAGGGUGGCUUAACCUACUUGCCAGGGCAAGCACAAAGUGCUCAAAUAUCGACCGUACCGAUACAGGGCCCUGUCGCAUCAAUUGGAGGAAAUCCUUUUGCAUAGUAUGUGUGUCAUUUUUAGUUGAUAGUAUUCUUGCAGUUUUCAAUAACGUUAAUUUGUGCUUUGUAGUUUGUAAACUAAAACCUCCCAUCUUCAAGGCUGUGAAAAGUUAUGAUUCACAUUGAUUUUAUUAUGCUUGUAUCAUUUGUUGCAUACUUUGAAAUUUGACACUGGCGCAUGAUUUUCGUUUACCAAUUCCAGUUUUGACAUUAGAAAUGUAUUUAAAUUGCUUUAGAAUUC